CCUCAUGGGGGCGCUGAUUGCGCAUGUCCGUGCGAAAUCUACUUCCACCAACGAACGCUCUCCGGAAGCUCCUUUUUGUGAGCACGCGGUGCGUCCGGCCUUUCCAACGGGGCAGCGAGCAGGAACAUGGAAUUGUAUUUUGUCGAUUAUUCCGCCAGGCCAAGAUCAAGGCAAGAGAUCUGCGGGGCAAGAAGAAGGAAGAGCUGCUCAAACAGCUGGAUGACCUGAAAAAUGAACUGUCCCAGCUCCGUGUGGCCAAAGUGACCGGUGGAGCUGCUUCCAAACUCUCCAAGAUCCGUGUUGUUCGCAAAUCCAUUGCCAGAGUUCUGACUGUGAUCAACCAGACACAGAAGGAGAACCUAAGGAAGUUUUACAAGGGCAAGAAGUACAAGCCCCUGGACCUGAGGCCCAGGAAGACCAGAGCAAUGCGCCGCCAGCUCAACAAACACGAAGAGAGCCUGCGCACCAAGAAGCAGCAGAGGAAAGACCUGCUCUACUCCAUGCGCAAAUUUGCUGUCAAAGCUUAAAGGCUUUUUCUGGUGACAAAUUAAAAUCUGUACAAAAGACAGUUUGUCAUGUACUUUUUUCCCUUUUGGUAUCUUUCCACCGCCAAUAAAUCUAAAACCAGUUUUAUUUGAUAGCUACUGAUCUAAACUUAGUCAUUUCUACUGACUUGCUCUAUAAAAUUUAUAAAAGCCUAUAUUUAAUCAUCAUGGUACAGUUGGAUUCAAAGGUCAAGCCACUGUCAAUAAGGUCUGUUUCUGUAUCCCACAAAGCUGUCCAUCAGUAAAUAAUGACUUGUCCGAAUUCUGUCUGGACUCCAGUGGAUGGCAGCAAACCUUUACACUGUUCAACAGCCUGUACAUCUAUUAGCAGAGUGGUUGGUGAAUAAACCACCGGUAGUAAAAGCAGAACAAAAUGAGAUAUUGUAUAUAAAAUUAAAAAAAAUCACAUUAUGGAAAUGUAUGAAAUGCUCAUCUGUGAGAGUGGAAACCCCUGUUUGAAAACUAAUUGGCUCAUAUAUUUAUCCAUAAGGUGUUUUCUGUAGAACAAUGGGUAAUUACCGCAAAAAAUAAAAAGUGAAACAUGACUGAAAUUAUUAUUGAUGAGGGCAUUUCUAUCAUCAUUCAA